GUUUCCCUUCUGUUUCCAUGAUCCGAUUUUGGGAAAUUACUUACGCCGAGGCUCCACUAGCCUUAAAUAAAACGCGAUCUUUAAUUAAACCUAAACUUGGGCAAAAAUAGAAAAUUUCAACACUUAGACUAAUUCUCUUAGUCGUGGCUUGGCAGUGUAAGGUGGAUUCAACGUUUAAUUUUAAUUUUAACAUAGGCCUGGCGCAAAAAAAAAAAACAAAAAAAAACAAAACAAAUGCACCGGUUGUGCCAUUGUUGAACAAAAUGGCGUUCGAAUUAACGUUGUGUUUUUUUUAAGUACUCCGGCCACGCCCCUUUAUUUCAUCCACAAUAACUGAAUGGCACCGACACGUGCUAGAAAUCUGUGCGUUGAAAACAUAUAGACAUUGUUGUAGAGGCAGCUCACCUUAUCAGUUGAGAGGACAGCGGCUCGUAGAAACAUUCUUCAGGUAUAGUUUCAUAUACAUCGAUUUACAUAUUUGUUAAUCUUUUAUUUUGCGGUCUAGACAAAUUUUACCCAGUUUUUAGAUAUUUAUCUUGUUGUCUUUUUUUAAAAAAAAUAAUUAGAAAAUAAAAAAAAAUUGAAGUAAAUAUUACGUGUAAUUUUAUAAUAUUUUUUUGAUAUUAUUUUUAUAUAUUUUGAUAAUUAAUCUUUUUAAAACAAAUGUUUACUUAUUUCAAUCUAUACUUAUUAAAUUAUGUAUAUAUAUAUAUAUAUAUAUGGGUGUGUGUGUGUGUGUGUGCAGGUGUGUGUGUGUAUGUGUGCGUGCGUCUGUGAAAUUUCCAUCUUCUUAAGGUACAAGGCAAAUCAUGAAUUCAAGAAAGCUUGUAGAGAGGUUCUCAGUUAGUUCAAACACAUUGACAAUUGUAACGCGCGAAAUUCACAUCGUCUAAAGUUGCUUUAAAAAAAAACAAAAAAAAAACUCUAGUAACGCACAUGAUAAGAAUCACAUUUGGCGCAAACUUCUGGACAUUUUUUUUUUUGCAUGCUACUGAACGUGCCUUUUGAACCCAACAUCCCAGCCAUUCAUACAGGCGUUCAUACAGGCAUUCAUAAAGGCAUUCAUACAGGCGUUCAUACAGGCAUUCAUACAGGCGUUCAUAAAGGCAUUCAUACAGGCAUUCAUACAGGCGUUCAUACAGGCAUUCAUACAAGCGUUCAUACAUCAUUUUUUUUUUUGCAUGCUACUGAACGUGCCUUUUGAACCCAACAUCCCAGCCAUUCAUACAGGCGUUCAUACAGGCAUUCAUAAAGGCAUUCAUACAGGCGUUCAUACAGGCAUUCAUGCAGGCGUUCAUAAAGGCAUUCAUACAGGCAUUCAUACAGGCGUUCAUACAGGCAUUCAUACAGGCGUUCAUACAUGCAUUCAUACAGGCAUUCAUACAGGCCUUCAUAAAGGCAUUCAUACAGACAUUCAUACUGCGCAUUUAUCAAGGCAUUCAUACAGGCGUUCAUAAAGGCAUUCAUACAGGCAUUCAUACAGGCAUUCAUACAGGCAUUCAUACAGGCGUUCAUACAGGCAUUCAUACAUGCGUUUAUAACUUCAUUCAAACAGGCAUUCAUACAGGCAUUCAUACAUGCAUUCAUACAGGCAUUCAUACAGGCAUUCAUACAGGCAUUCAUACAGGCAUACAUACAGGUGUUCAUACAGGCAUCCAUACGGGCAUUCAUAUGGGCAUUCAUACAGGCAUUCAUACAGGCGUUCAUACAGGCAUUCAUACGGGCUUUCAUACAGGCGUUCAUAAAAGAAUCCAUACAGGCAUUCAUACAGGCAUUCAUACAGGCGUUCAUACAGGCAUUAAUACGGGCUUUCAUACAGGCGUUCAUAAAAGAAUCCAUACAGGCAUUCAUACAGGCAUUCAUACAGGCGUUCAUACAGGCAUUAAUACAUGCGUUCAUAAAGGCAUUCAAACAGGUAUUCAUACAGGCAUUCAUGCAGUCGUUCAUACAGGCGUUCAUACAGGCAUUCAUACCGGCGUUCAUACAGGCAUUCAUACUGGCAUUCAUACAGGCAUUCAUACAGGCGCUCAUACAUGCAUUCAUCCAGGUAUUGAUGUAGGCAUUCAUACAGGCAUUCAAUACAGCAAUUCAUACAGGUAUUAAUACAGGCAUUGAUACAGGCAUUCACACCUAGAUAACAUUCUUCAUUUUUAUGAUACAUACAUAAGUUGCCUGUUUAAAAUUCCCCAGACCAAUCCAAACAAUGUCUCCUAAACUGACUGUCUCGCUGUUUGUGUUCUGGCUCAGCUGUUCCCUUUGGGGUGAGUCCUCUUUCAGCUCUGCUUCGUAUUCAUUUUUGUUCAUAAGAUAAAAUUAAACAAAACCCCAAAAACAAUAAUUUUUUUUAUAAAUACUAUAGCUACAUAUUUUAAAUUUGCUUUUAUAUUAAAUCUAAUGUAACACACGCUUUUUACGCCGCAGAUUUAUUUCACCAACUAUUUCAGAAAAAAAAGAAGAAACAAAUUACGCACCAAACGCACUUGCGAUAUUUUGUUUUAGAUUAAGAAUCACAUUUAGGGCAGUUAUCAGCCACUCUAUUUCCUGAAAUCAGUGACAUCAUAUUUCCAUCAUCUCCCCCUGGAAAAACAGUGACAUAUGAUUUUUAAGAGUUUGGUGGGUUGAAAAUUUGAUAGAGUGUAUCGUCAUCUGCAGCGAGUCUAUGUGCCAUGCUGAGGAUGGAUAGGUUGACGGAAGUGGGUCAGUUAACAACCCCCCCCCCCCCGAAGAUUUUCGCAUCCAGGCGCAAACAAAGGCGAAUUUCAUAUAAAGGAUUUAAAAAUAUGAUGCCGUCGUCAACUGAUCGAGCCUGACAGAAGUGUUGUUUUUUUUUUAGAUUGAUCGGUUCAGUUUACUCAAAAUAAUAAUAAUAAUUAGUGGUCUUAUAUAGCCUAGGGCUGGGCUCACCGCAUUGUACAUAAAAAUAUUAGCAACAGAGACAAAAAUCAUGACAUUAAAAUAAAAUACAUUUAUGACAUAAAGAACAGCGUGGAACCAAAACAACAAAAACACAUGUAUAUUCACGCACCCCACCACAGAAUUUUUACAUAGCAAACCAUGCAGGAUCGUUUAUCGGUCAGAGGAAGGGAAUCAGUCAGGGUAGUAGAGUUUAAAGAGAUGUGUUUUGAGUGCAGUUUUGAAGGUGUGGGUGGUUGGUAUAUUGCGGAUGUGUAGUGCAAAAGAAUUCAAAUGUCGGGGGGCGCAAAAAGAGAAAGAUCGUUCACCAUAUGUUUUAGUGUGUGCUUUGGUAACGGACAGAAUACGUGUGUCUGCGGAGGAGUGAAGCUGUCGAAGGGGUGAAUAGACAGAAAGAAGUUCGGUUAGAUAGGAAGGGCAGGAAUCCGAGAAGACGUUGUGACAGAGAACAGACAACUUGUAGUCAAUGCGUGCCUGUAUAAGGAGCCAAUGAAGGGAUUCGAGUAGUGGAGUGACGUGAUCACGUUUUUUAGCCUUUAGAACUAGCCUAGCAGCUUAGUUUUGAACUCUCUGCAGUUUUUCUAUGCAGUGUUUUGGUGAACUUGACAGAAGAGAGUUGCAAUAGUCAAGUCGAGAGAGAACAAGAGCACAGACUAGGGUUUUUAUUGCGCUAACUGUGAGGUAGUGGCGGAUGGAACUGAUCUGACGGAUGGCGGUGUAUGCCGAACAACAAAUGUGAGAGAUAAUUUUAUCAAGAGAAAUGUUGUUAGAAAGAAUCUAAACAAAAUUCCUAGCAAAGGGUGUAGACUGUUUGUCGGAGUUACCUACUUGAAAUGUGGUGGGAAGAGUUGAGGUAGAGGAUGAUGUGUGAUUGUGAAUGAGCAGUGCUUCCGUUUUGUCAUCAUUAUGCUUCAACUUGCUGAGUGUCAUCAUGACUUGACAUCAUCUAAGUCUGGACAGCGGAAUCGACAAGAAUGGGAUGGGUAUGCUUGUAUAGUUGCGUGUCAUUUGCAAAUGACUGUCUCUCAACAGCAUGCCUCCCAAGCAAGAGGAGCAGUGGUCUGGUAUACAAUGCGAAUACAUCCGGGCCCAAAAUGGACCCCUCUGGCACUUCGUACACCAAAUCAGAGAAAAAAGUUCAAGUGUCAACUGACGUAAUUUUUUUUUCUUCCUUUUUUAUGUACAAUUUCAGAAGAAUGUAAAUUCGAAAAUGUUUAGUCAUGUCACAGGGACGAUUAAAAUUUUUGAUUUCUAAUUUCACACCUCUCACAAUGUUUGUGAGCCUCCCAAAGCGCAUACCAUUGUUUAAAAUUUCACUGAAAGCGUCGAAUGCCAGAUAUUGUGUCUCGCCAACUGAGAGGACAAGAUAGAAAAAGAAAGUUUUAAAAAAAUAAAAAAUAUAUAUAUAUCUUCUUCUUCUUCUAUAUCUUAAGGGCCCACGAUCAAUUUAUUGAUCAUUUGGGCUCUUAUGCAUGUAGAGGGGAUUUGCAAUAUUUCUGUUCAUGAUGUUGAGCCUCCCCAAGAUAGAAAAAGAAAGUUUAAAAAAAAAAAUAUGUAUAUAUCUUCUUCUUCUUAUAUAUCUUAAGGGCCCACGAUCAAUUUAUUGAUCAUUUUGGCUCUUAUGCAUGUAGAUGGGAUUUGCAAUAUUUCUAUUCACGAUGUUGAUGAGGAAAUUCCACUGAUUUCCAGUGUCACUUUGUGAGGGAAUCAUGCACUAGGGGUUUGAAGGCUUGAGGCAAUAGACACAAAUGUGUCUAUUGUUGUCGCCUCAAACGUUCAUUUUGGAAGAUUGUUCCAGUCCCUGAUUGUCUUGGGCAGGAAUGAGCUGCUCCUAUACUGGCUUCUUGCUGGUAUGAGUCUGAAUUGCCUGUCAUGGCCUCGUCGCUGUCUAUGGGGGAGAGGGGCGAGGUUCUGUUUAAUACUGGAACACUGGACCAGCCCAUUAUUUAUCUUGUACAUCAUGGAGAGCCUGAAUUGUCGUCGUCGUUCCUCCAAUGGUGACCAGCCCAGUGUUUCCAGCAUGCUGCCAACACUAGAGGUAUUCCAGAAGCGGUUUAGGACAAAGCGUGCUGCUCGUCGCUGGACCGCCUCCAUACUGUCAAUGCUUCUGGGUAAAUGGGUCCCAGACUGAAGAUGCAUAAUCUAUAAUCGGACGGACAAAGGCUUUAUAUGCUCUUUCUUUCACACAUGAGUUGCCAAUCUUUAGAUUUGGCCUUAAGAACCCCAGGUUCUUGUUUGCUUGGUUACAUACAUUGUUUUUAUGCUCGUCCCAGCGGACCUCUCUUUGAAUGGUAACACCCAGGUACUUUACGGAGGAAACUUGCUCAAGUAUAUGGCCGUGCAGUUUGUAUUGGUAGUGUAGAGGAGUACAACUUCUAGAGACUGAUAAUUACUGGCACUUGGCAAGGGGAAAUUCCAUGUCCCAGCUCAUCUCCCACUAAGCUAACAGAUUGAGAUCCUCUUGUAGCUGGUCCUGGUCAGAUCUGUUGGCGAUCGUCCUAUGCACUGCUGUGUCAUCUACGAACAGUCUUGCCUGUGAUGUCAGUUUCUCGGGUAGUUCAUUAAUGUAUGCUAGGAACAAACAGGGGCUGUAACGGGAACUCCCAGCGCCUUAAACCGUGUACUAGAGUUCUGCAUCUGGUACAUGGUGGUGAGGGGGGGACCUGUCCCAACGAGAGUGAACUGAAAAGUGGACAUUGUCGUCAGAAUUAUGUAUUUUAAUUUUGAAAGAAAAAAUUAAUAAAGUUACACAACUCUUGCGUUAGAGCAUUCGUCACAUACCACAUUCUUUUAGUUUAAACUGUAUUCUUAUCAGGGAAUAGGUAUUCAUGACCUGCAACUGGAUAUGCACAAUGUAAUGGAAAUACUUCCUUCUUUUUGGCUUCAAUAACUGAAUUGAAUCUACUCUUAAGUAAUCUUAGGCUAAUAUCAUAAAUCUAAUCUUAAUCUAAUCUUAAUUUAAAAUUAAUCUAAUCUUAAUCUUAUCUUAAUCUUAUCUUAAUCUUAUCUUAAUCUUAAUUUAUCUCAAUCUAAUCUUAAUCUAAUAUGAAUCUAAUCUUAAUCUAAUCUCAAUCUAAUCUCAAUUUUAUCUUAAUCUAAUCUUAAUCUAAUCUUAAUCGUACCUUAAUCUAAUCUUAAUCUAAUCUUGCAGUUCGAGACGGUCGAUGCCAGUGCGCCAUGGGUUGCUUCAGAGUCAGAGACUAUGUGUGUGGAAGCGAUAAUGUCACCUACACUUCAGAGUGUUACAUGCAUGAUGAAAACUGUAACAAACCAGUGUUGGAGAGACCGACCGUCAGCAGACGUGGACGAUGCGAAGAUUAAGCAGUAAAUUAGAUCAACAAGCAACAAGAAAUUUUUACAUAAUAUACAGAAAUUACAUACGAUAUCAGAAAAUAUAUAGUAGUAAUCAGAGUUAAGUUAAAUGAAGAAAUAAUAAAAACAACUCAUUU